AUGGAUGUUGACUACAACCCAACAGGAUGGGAAUUUGUUACAAGCCACUUUUGCAGAUCCAGAUUCACACGUGGAUCUUCAAUUAUAAUGAUGAUCAUAGCAGGGAGAUAUACCAUACUAAGAGGAUGCAAAGUCUGGACACCCCUGAUGGGCAUAAUGUUGUUAGUUCAACCAAUAAGCACUGAUGUAGAAAUAUCAAGUUCGGAAGAGCACGAAACAAUAAAACAGUUGAUUAAGGCUUCACUUGGUAAUGACAACUCCAUGUGGUCAAAGCUUGACUUAUGCCUCCGUGGGCUGGAGCUGGAGGCUGCGCUGCUCUAUGUGCAGACCAGUUUGAAGGAUGUCCGCUUGCUUUCCAGUAUAUCCCAAGCCUUUGCUGUGGCUACUAAAACCACCACUCGCAAGGACAAGUGA